UGAUUCGCAAUUAACUUAAUAGUUUAUUUACCAGCUGGAGCUUGUUCUGAUAACAACUAAUGAGCCUGAAACUAAUCCGACCGUUAUCUUACAUUCAAGCUCGAGUGAUAUAUAAUGACGUUUCUAGUACCGAUAUUAAUAUGUGUGGUGUGUGUGUUGUACUCUUACUACUUGUGGAAGAAGAGUUGUCCUGACACGGACAACGAACCCCCGAAGUUUCCAGGCGGCCUGCCUAUAGUGGGGCAUGCGCUACAACUCAUAGGAGACAGCAGCCAUUUAUGGCGUGCUGUAAAUGAUUUGGCGAGCAAGAGUUAUUCUAUAGGCGGGGUGGUGGCGGCUUCCAUUGGGCCUAGGACUAUUUAUGUGGUAACAGACCCCGAUGAUUUCUUCACGGUAGCCAACACCAGUUUGGAGAAGGACGACUUCUAUGACUUCGCAAAACCAUGGCUUGGAGAGGGACUCGUUACAGGCAAAAUGUCAAUUUGGAAGAACCACAGAAAGCUGCUGAACCCGGCCUUCAGUCAGAUCGUGCUGGACGGUUUCCUGGGCGUGUUCAACGACCAGGCGCGGAAGCUGGUGAAGGAUCUGGAGAAAGAAGUCGGGAAGGGGCCCUUCGACCACUGGACGUAUACCAGGCAUAACGCUCUUGAGACCAUAUGCUUGACAGCCCUUGGCGUGGACUUCACAGACCACACCAUUCUUAACAGCCAGUACGUGACAGCGACGGAGCAGAUCUUCAAUACCAUGGUGGACCGCUUCCAGAAGUUCUGGCUGCACAGCAAGCACACAUUCAGGUGGAGCAACGUGAAGAGGAAGCAGGACGCGUGUCUGAAGAUACUGCACAACAUGUCUUAUACCGUGCUCAAAAGAAGAAAGGCUGAAUUCGACAGCAAUAACAUACUCCCUGAAAGAAAAACUGGAAAUACUUCAGGCAAAAAAUUCAAAGCCUUCAUGGAUCUACUCCUUGAGUUAUCCGUGGAGAAGGGAGUGUUGAAUGACAGAGAGAUACGAGAGCAUGUGGACACGAUGAUUGUGGGAGGCCACGACACGUCGGCUAACGUGUUAAUGUUCACGCUUUUGUUGCUGGGGUCUCACCCUGAGGCGCAGGAGAAGGUCUACCAAGAAUUAAAAGACGUGUUCGGCGACUCAGACCGUGACGUGGAGAAGCACGACCUCUCCCAACUGGUGUACCUGGAGGCAGUCCUGAAGGAGAGCAUGAGGAUGUACACGAUCGUGCCGGUGCUGGCCAGGAGACUGGACAGAAACGUGCAACUGAAGAACUACACGCUAGCAGCUGGUCGGACCUGCUUUUUGUUUCUUUUCGGUAUCCACAAGCAUCCCAUGUGGGGGGCAGACGUGGACCAAUUCAACCCCGACCGGUGGAUGGACCCGGCCAGCCUGCCAGACAACUCCAACGCGUUUGCAGCCUUUAGCUUGGGGAGGAGAAUGUGUAUAGGCAAAACCUACGCCUACAUGUCGAUGAAAACAACUCUCUCACAUGUUCUCCGCAAAUACCGCUUGAAGGGUGACCACACACAACUGGAACUCAAAUUGGACGUGAUGCUGAAGCCAGCGUCAGGUUACUACGUCAGCAUUGAGAAACGGCAUUAGAACUAGUCUGUUUUAUUAUUUUUAUAUACAUUUAUAAGAGCGAUUAGUCGAAAUAUGUAAUGUAUUUUAGAAGCGACGUUACAAAUGCGUUUGUUAGACAAAAAGUCAGCAUUAAUCUAGACGCUGCUUAAUUUUAGCUGCUCUGAGGGCUUAGUGUGAGUUUACAUUAAUUCAUAAACGUCCUCA